CAAAGAAAGUUAGAUAAAACGAUGAAGUAUCUGUUAAUUCUCGGGACGCUGGUGGUCCUGGCUGCGGGUCAAAAUUAUGGACCAGUCGUAUUCAUUGAUGAUGGGUCCUUCUCUUGUACUGCAGCUGGUGCUUUCCCCGAUCCCAAUGAUAGUGGGAAAUUCUAUUACUGUACAGAUACCGAUAGUGGAUAUAAGUCAACCUUAAUAUCCUGCUGGAAUGGAUAUACUUUUGAUGCAAAAUCUCAACAAUGUGCCUUGCAAACUCCUAAUGAUCCUCGGGACGGUGCCAGCACUCCUGCGCCCAUUAUAUCUGUUGCGGUUGAUACGACGGAACGUUCCUCAACUGCAAGACCAACGACGGUCGCCGUGACCACCGACGCACAGCCAUCAACGAUAGUUUCAACGAAAGCAGGGGAUCCUGAUUCUACCAAUGUCGCAACUAAACUUGAGACAACCACAAUCGCCUCAACUACCCCAACUCCUAUUAUUACAACUGAGCUCCUAACUACAACGACUAAAGUGGUAUCAACAACGGGGCAAAGUACGACACCCAAGGUUGAACCAACCACGGAAAAGCCGAUUUCAACCACAACCCAGCAAUCCUCAACGAAAGCUUCUGCCCCAACAAUCAAUGACGGAAUUUUUGUAUGCACUGCUCUAGGAGCCUUCCCCAACCCACUAACCAACAAGAGUUUCUACUAUUGUGUUUCGGAGAAUACUGGUGGAUACACUUCGAUAAAAAUUGAAUGCGGAGAAGGAACUGAAUAUAUUUCAUCAAUCGAGACAUGUGGAAUUUCCGGAAAUGGUACCACCCUCGAACCAGAGCCUUUCGUAUGUCCAGGACCAGGGUUUUUCCCUGACUCAUCCGAUGAAACCAAAUUCUACUACUGCUUUUCCGAUGGGAAAGGAGGUUACAUUCCAGUUGAUUUGAACUGUGGUGCAGGAGCAAAAUUCAUAGCAAAUCUGGGAGGAUGUGGAAUUCCAACCCCUGAUGAAGUUCCAACAACCACAGAAGCGAAUAGUGAUUUCAAAUGUUCUACUGAAGGAGCUUUCGCGGACCCUGACAGUGAUAGUAAUUUUUAUUUCUGCUUCCCCAAUGGCGAAGCCGGGUUCAUCCCAAUUACCUUGUCCUGUGGAGCGGGUCAAGUAUUUGAUGCUGAUCUGCUGGAAUGUAUUGAGCUGGAUAUAUCUAGCCCAAAGUCACCCAGUGAAUCCUCUACACCAUUGCCCAUCGUUUGUAGUGCGGAAGGAGUGUUUGCCGACCCUGAAGAUGAUACUAAAUUCUUCUAUUGUUUCGAGAAUCCUGAUGGAAGUGGAUACCGAGAAGUUCUCUUCACUUGUCCAUUGGGAUUGGUAUUCGACGAUCAAAAGAAAUUCUGCAGCAAACCCGAGGUCCCACCAAGCAGCACCGAAGUCGCUACCACUUCGCAGCCGGGAAGUACAGCAACCAGCGGAUAGGAUAAUGAAACAACCACUCUUGCACCCUUCAGUUGCACCCAAAAUGGAUUGUUCGUAGACCCAUCCAAUGAUGAACACUUCUAUGUUUGCAUAUAC